AUGGCAUCCCCAGGCGGCCCUCCGCCGGGCGCCCAACCCUUCAGCCCGCAACAAAUCCAACAAUUGAUCGCCAUGGAAGCGCAGAAGCGUGGAAUGACCAUUCCUCAGUUUCAAGCCUUUCAACGACAACAGAUCGAGACCGAAGCCGCUAAGGCGGGAAUGACCCCUCAACAGUUCAUCCAGAUGAAGCAGGAAGAAGCAAGACAACAAUUCAUGCGCCAGCAGCAGGCGGCUCAGCAGCAACAGCAGCAACAGGGUGGACAACCACAAGGACAACCACGAGGACCACCGCCCGGACAGCAGGCUCAACAUAUCCCCUUGAAUGCGAAGGUAGAACCCAAACCAGAAGCAUUGGCCCUGGCAAAGUUUCUACGCUCUCAGGAUUUGAAAACUCGCACAUGCAUCUUUGAUGGUGGGAGGAAGGAUAUGUUCAAACUGAAACGAGCGUACCGUGCCUUGCACUCUGACGCCUACAAAAAGGCUCAAAAGAAAAACCCCUUAUUACCGAAAGUCGAGAACGACGUUGAGGCGCGGACAGCCUUGCAACUUCUCCCCCUGUCGAUGCUCGCUCUUCGAGUUUCCAAGAAGGAUCCACAUGAGGGACACAACCACGCCAAACCCAAGAAAGAGAAAAGAGUCAAGGGAUUGUGGGAAGUCAAGAUCGAGCAACAACAGGACUUUGAUCCUAUGAUGUACUACGUCUGGUUGUAUGAGGGGUCACAGUGGAAGACUAAACUGUGGGCGGCAUUGGUUCUUGUGCUGGUGUUCGCAGCAGUUCUCUUCCCGCUCUGGCCGCUCGUUCUGAGACAAGGUGUGUGGUACCUCUCGGUGGGCAUGAUGGGGUUGAUUGGCCUGUUCUUUGCCAUGGCUAUCUUCCGCCUGAUUCUCUUCGUUAUCACAUUCUUCCUCGUCCCGCCUGGUCUGUGGUUAUAUCCCAACCUCUUUGAGGACGUCGGCUUCUUCGACAGUUUCCGACCGUUUUGGGGCUGGCAUGAAACCAAGGAGGAUAUCAAGCGGAAGAAAAAGGAGAAGAAGGCCAGGAAGGCUCAGAAGAAGCUUGCCGCUGCGACCGCUGCCGCCGGAGGUGAGAAAGGUGUGGCUCCCGUAGUGCAGACACCCGUGCCCUCGAAUGGUGCUGCGGUCACUUCUGCUGUUGAGCCUGCUGCCACAUCCACGACAGCUAGGCGACAUGUUGCUCCAACGGUGGAGGAGGCUGACGAUGAAUGA